AUGAGCAAACGUGUGGUGACCCCCGACGUGGGCGGCUACUUCGAGUACCACCACGACAGUGUCUUCUCCGACGAGUCCCUGCCAGCGACGCCAGAUGAGUACAACGUCACCGAAGCAGGGUCAUAUUUUCCGCCCCAACCGGGCGCCAUCUCUAUUCCGCCACACGUGCUGCUGUUGGCACGCCGCACAAAAGACAACACCAUCUGGAACAUCCUCCCGUCGUACCACAUGUUCGAGUCCAUUGUAGGCAAGAGCUUCGAGCUGUCAUCCGAGGACCUAAGCCUUCCGCCACCAGGGUAUAGCUACAACUCUUCCCGCAACCUUUCCUGGCCCACACCGGCUCCCUCAACGCCACCACUUGAAGCGCUCUCCGCGUCCCUGCCAGGUACAACGCCUCAGCUCGUUUCGGGCUCAGUCUGGGAAACCUCUGUGGUCGGAAACGUGGACUCACUUCCGCUUGUGAAUAACAAGCACAUUGAGAUUAAGAUUCAGACCAUCAAAGAGGUGAAUCGGCCGGGAUCCAAACCCGUUAUGGAGUCUGUCACCGAAAAGGAGUACACUUCAGGUGAUGUUCUCACCGGCUAUGUCACAAUCAGAAACACCUCUGCAGUACCGAUUCCGUUUGAAAUGUUCUUGGUAUGUUUGGAGGGCAACAUUGUGAUUGUCAAGAAGCACAAGGCGCACGAAAAGGUGGUGGACCUGAAGCCCAUCACCCACAAGCUUUUGAACAUGAUCGACCUUGGCGCCAGUUGGAACUAUGAGGAAAUCAAGCAGAUUUCCGACAUUGAUUUUAUCCAGGGCGAGCGCGAUCCGUACGACAACACUCUCUACGGGUUGCCUCUGGACCGCAAGCUCAAGCCGGGUGAGUGCUACAAGAAGUUUUUUAUCUUUACGUUGCCGAGUAAGUUACUCGACACCGUCUGUCCGCACGAUAAACUCUCACACUGCUUGGUGUCGCCGUCGCUUGGCAUCAACAAGCAUGAGUUCUUCCAGCACAUCCGUAACCAUCGCACAGAUAACAAGAAUGCAUUCGCAAAGGUGGAAGGUGACUUCCUCAAGGACUUUUGCAUCAGUAAUUGCUCGAUUUCCUACUCUAUCGAGGCGCGGUGCGUGGGCAGUGUGGUACAGCCGAAAGCCAAAACCACCUUCAACAUCUUACAGAAUGCCAACUUCUUCUUCAAGUAUGUGCCAAGCACCUCCGGUAUAAACUCGUUUUUCAAAUCAUACAAGGACAUUGAGCGCGUCGCGUAUAUUGAGUCUCAGAAUGUGUUCAAGCGCUUGGACGACAUGUUGAAGCAGAUCUCGCCCGAAGGAAAUAUGUAUCCCAUGCAGUCUUCGGUAUCUUUGCCAAUCGUGACGUCUGCCGGGUCUCGAUCGCCGAGCUCCAGCGAGAGUCCGCAGUUGAAGGAAGAACAGUUGUACAACCCUGACCUCAUCAAGAUGUACGAAAACCCUUUCAUCGAGGCCUCCUACACCUUGCGAAAGAAACUUCUUGCCAGUACCAAGGCUAUGGGAGAAGUAACCAUCUCCACGAAACGGGAAGGCAAUAAUGUCGAUUAUUUAAAACCCCAUGCGCGGUUGAAACCGAAACGCACCCCCUCUGGACUUUCCAAUCCGCUCCCUAAACAGCUCGCCGACCUCUUUUCGCGGCAGUUAAUGCUCGAGUUCGAGUUCAGACCGGCCUCAUCCGCCAUCAAGCCCCCGGAAUUCAAAUCUAUUCACACUGAACUUGAAAUAUACACGGUCUCCGCCAAAUGCCCAAUCCCAAUCGAACUCACGAUCGAGCUACUUAAUAACCUCGACGAGUUCCAAGCGAUGCUCAAGACGUAUGUCGAGACCAUCAAGGCUGCAGGCGGCAAGCGAAAGUUGUUCAACGAUUUGGAGUUGAAGGGCGACAUCCGUUCGUUAACGUCGUUGUACUGCAAGAAGAACCUGCUCCCGUUGUUUCUGACCUCGGUGGGCAACAUAAAGACGUAUAGCCAUUGGGAUCCGGUGGUUGGUGAUAACAACGUAGCGCACAAAACCGCGCUGCCGCUCAAUACCUUUACCGGUCUCCGAAAUGGUGCGCUUUCGGUAAAGACCCAAAUGCAGAAUAUGAAGGUCUUGUCUCCGCCGCCAACCUCCGAAAACCCUGUCCACAAGUCGAAUAUCAUCUACAAGACACUGUUAGACUUGAAUGUCUGCCUUAAGGAGUACGAGCCGAAGUUGGUCCCCAGCUUCCAGGCCUGUUUACUAGGGCGACUUUAUGCAAUUAGGGUGGUGGUCAAGUUUGCAUACGGGGAUCCGGUGUGUAUCAGCCUUCCGUUAACAAUCAAUAAUUCGUAA